AUGCCUUCUGGAGGCUCCCGUAUCGGGUCAGAGGAGGCAUUCUACCUGUAUGCCUCUGGUCCAGACCUCACGUCUAUCAUGCCCUGUAAGUACGGUAAGCCCAGUGGGACCUUUUCCAAGUACGUCACCACGGACGGGUUGAAGUGUGACACUGUCAGAGAGCUAAUGAUGAAGAACAAGGAUGUGGACACAGCAGCUCUCAUAGAGUGUCUGGCAGUAGUGUACGCCCCCAGCAGCCCCAGGGUGUAUACCAUCUAUGAGCCAGUGAUCCGUCUGAAGGGUCAGGCUAAGACCAUGGUGUCUCAGAGACCCUUCAGCUCUAGAGAAGGUCCAGUCUGCGGUGCUGGAGACACACGUCCUCAGGACCAUGCUGCCUGCAGAACCACAGGGCCUGCAGAACGUCCUACACAAGAUAGGAGGAAACCGGGUCCUUCGUGUUCCUCUUUGCACGGGUAGGACAUAGUCUACAUACUAUUGAUAUGAGGAACCGUCCUUCGUGUUCCUCUUUGCACGGGUAGAGGACAUAGUCUACAUACUAUUGAUAUGAGGAACCGCGGUCCUUCGUGUUCCUCUUUGCACGGGUAGGACAUAGUCUACAUACUAUUGAUAUGAGGAACCGGGUCCUUCGUGUUC